GUGCGAUCGACUCCAGACACUCUGUAUAUAUCUUGUCACGUUAAGUUAGGUGCAUUCGACGCGCGUUGCCUGACUUCAGACGCAUGAACACAUAUACAUAUGAAUACGACGCCGAAGAAACGUCAUAUUGUUCCGUUUUGUCACUUGUUUAUAUUCGGCGAUAUCGGAGUACAAUACAGUGGUGUGAAGUCGAGGUGCGUGUAUUUCGCGCGAUGCACGUGCGUGACAUUGUUUCGUUAAACAAUUCGGUUGCGCGAUCGCAUCUAUGAGCACUCUCAACUACAAAACGCAAAAAAUGUAUGAUAUUCGCUCUUUUGUCGAUCUUUGAAAUCUCCCUGCUUGCAUCGCUCGAUGAAAUAAAUUGAAAUAAACGACAGCAUACAAGUUUUUGAGGUCGACGUUACGACAACGACGACGACGACAUCAGAAGUGUAUCAGAGGGAUGGCAGAAGAUGAGAGACAAAUUAGGAUGGCCGCUGAGGCCAUACUGAGCGGCUCCAUCAACUCCCAAAGAAGUUCAGUUACCCAGCAUAGCAUGACACGAUCGCCAGAUAUUGUCUUCAGCGAAGAUUUGAUCGCAGGAGCGAGACACAACGGCAGAAUGUCCAACGUUAGACGUUUCUUCUGCCUUUUCGUCACCUUCGAUCUUCUCCUUACAUUUCUCAUGUGGCUUAUUUGCACGAUGAUUGCAGGUGAAAGUUUAAAUACAGCUUUUGAAAAUCAGGUGAUACACUAUCAUAUAAAGACAUCUUUGUUUGACAUUGUGAUGGCAGCGAUUUGCAGGUUCACCGUCUUGUUGCUCUUUUAUGCUCUACUGUAUCUCAAUCACUGGAUCAUUGUAGCUAUAUCAACUGCCACAACAUGUGCCUUUUUAAUUGCAAAAGUUUUUCUUUUUGAUUGGACAUCAGCUAAUCAACCAGUAUUCCAAGUUUUACUAAUCUUAACAUCUUUUGUGUUAUCUUGGGCGGAGGCUUGGUUCUUUGAUUUUCGUGUGAUACCGCAGGAAACUCAAGCGCGAAAUUGGAUUCGAAAUUUUCCGGAUACAGAAAGAACUCCUCUACUACAAAAUGUCAUUACUGAAUCACGGCAAUACGCAGCAAAUGUCGAUCAUAUGAGUACGUUUUUCACACCUGUGGAUUCUCCAACUCAUUCUGAUGAUGAAGAUAUCUCCAAAAAGCAAGGAGACUCAAGAAGGUUAUCAAGAUCCAGUGAAUUAUCUAUGUUUCUAGCAAAACUUACACCCGAUAAGAUUGAUGAAUAUAAAAUGAGGGCAUCUAAAAUGUUACAAAACUGUCACAACUUAUUAACAUCAAAAGAAUGGAAGAUCGAAACUAUAACAACUGAUGGAGACGAAGUAUCCUACAUGCAGCUGCCACCAGAAUGGAAAUUGGAUGGAAAGGUCAUGAGAAUCACUGGUAUUGUCAACGCACCUGCUAGUAUAUUAAUAGAUUUAUUGUUUGAUGAUAUCGAAGAAUUUCCUUUGUGGAACAAACUUGUAACAGAGUCGAUAAAACUACAGAAUAUCGAUGAAAACACGGAUAUCAUUUAUCAAGCGACAAGUUCUUAUGGUGGUGGACUCAUCACAGCGCGAGAUUUUGUUAUUUUAAGGCAUCGUAAGAAAUGCGGCGAUUAUUAUAUGAGCAGUGGUAUAUCUGUCCCUACGACAUUGGUUCAGAUACGUCCAAAUAUAACUAGGGGUGAAAAUGGUAUAAGUUGUUUUGCAACAGAAGAGUUGUCUGAUGAAGAAGACAUUAAUAAAUGUCGCUUCACCUGGAUUUUAAAUACAAAUCUUAAAGGCUGGAUACCACAAACAGUAGUAGAGAGAGCCAUGUCCACUAGUCUAAUUGACUUCAUUACAUAUUUAAGAAAACAUUUAGAUGAUAUGCAGAAACCAUUAGUUUAACAUAAAAAUGAUAAAUAGAAUUACCUACUCUUACCUAUCUGUUUAUCUACUUAUCUACUUAUCUAUUUACCUACCUACCUUCUUUAAUAUACUAUGUUAAAUGUAUGUAUUUUUUAUUUGAUAUGCAUUGACGCACAUAAAAGCAAUAUUGAAAUUCCUUAUCAUUAUAAAAUGUAUAUUAUAAUGAUAGAUCUCUUAGAAAAUAUGCUUUAAUUACAGUUAGAAAGAUGAUGUUGUUUCCUUAAACAGAACUUUUUGAAGGAUUUAAGAUUUAACUAAUGUGAAAAAUGUAAUCAAGAUAUGCUAGGUCUAUAAUAAAAAUCCAUUUACUAUAGAUAGAAAUUUAAAGCCAUAUGUAUGAAACGAUUAUAAUUUAUAUAUAUUCGAAUUUAUCUUCUAAUUAUAUGAAUUAUUUUGUGUAAAUUUAACUUUAUAGAAAUUUUUUAUUAGUGAUUAUAUAUACAUGUUAUGUCUACUCCACAACUUAUUUAAUGAAAGGAAAUAUAUUUUUUCGUCACGAAAUUAGUUGCGAUAGAUGUAAUUUCGAACGAAGAAAAAACGUACUAUUUUAUUUUAAUCAUUGUUUUUAUAUAUAUAUAAAACGUGUAAUGUAGUAGCAAUAGUUAAAAGAAUUAGGUGUAUAUUAUGUGUUUUUUGUGUAUAAGUGCCUAUGAAUUUCAUUAAGUGCAUCUUUUUUGGAUAUCCAAUGUAUAUAUAGUGUAUUGGAAAUGUGACAUACAUAUUUAGUACACAUGAUGGCUAUGUGGCUGCAGUGUGCGAGACAACAAAGUCUUGAUAUAAAAAAUACUAUAGAAAUAUUAAAAUAACAUUUUAUUACAUUUUUUGUUUUACAGAUCUAUUAAAAAUUGUUUUUUUCUUUGAUCACAAGAUAAAUCACAAUCAUAAAGCCUAAUGUAUUAAUAUUGUGUAUAUAAUGUGCAUUUAAAUGAAAUAUAUGUAUAUUAAAUGAAAAGUUCUGAAAAUAUUUCACUUUUUAAAAAGAUAUAAUAAGAUAUAUAAUAGAUCAUUAUUAUUAACUACAUAUUUAUUUACUCGAUAAAUUUUAUAUCCGAUUGAUAAAUAUGGAAUGCACAUUAUGUUCAUACAUUGCGUCCCGCAACUGCGUCUUAUUAUUUAAAUUUAUGAAAAACAUGCAUACUUGCAUAUCUUUAUUAUUGACAAGUUUUCUUCGAUUAAUUAGCAUUAGAUAUAGAUACAUGUCACAAAUGUCGAUAUAGAUUUCCGCACUAGUUGAUGUGCAUAUUAUGCAAUUUUGUAAGAGAUAUUUGUUUCGAGAUAAAUGCACAGUGCGCAUGCAAGUUGAAGAAUUGUUUGCAUUGCUUCUUACCAUUUCAAUAUUUUUGUGAUCAAUAAUAUGCAAUCUUGUAAUAUAUUAGAGAAAAAAAUAAUAUAACGACACUAAUACAAUCUCUUUUUUCUAAAAAAACUUAAUUUCUUUCAUAAAUAAAGAAAUAAAUGUAAAGAAGAAAAUUGGCCUAUUUUGUUAUAUUAAAAUUUAAUUCACAAAGUUAAUAGCAAAUUAAAGAAAAAUUAUAUAAUUUGUUGAAAAAUACUUUGAAAUUAUCAUUAAUUAAAAGAUGAAAUUUAAUUAUCAAAUUAUUGUACAUAUAAAUAUAUUAAUCGUUGAAAGAUCUCUUAUAAUGGAAUAAAUCGUGCUAUAAUAUAUUUGACUUUUAAACUUAUUCAGUGUAUAAUAGUGUGUUCUCAACUUUAUAUGACGUAUUUUUGGUAUACAUGUCAAUAUAUAUCAUAUAAUGUAUCCUCGUUUUCACAUUUUUGUAUAUUACGAUUAAUACUGUUAAGAGACGAUUUUGAAUUUCACAUACGAUUGUAUCAUAUAAUGAAUGCAACGAUGGAGCAGGUGUAUGCGGAAAAAAUGUAUAAAUAUUCUAUUUUGUUUUAUAUAUCCAUAAUAUUAUAUACAAGUCGAGAUAGCAAUUUCUUUAUAGUAUCGUUUUAUAUGUGUCAUUUGCCGUUUAUGCAGUACUUGCAUUUUCGCUCUGGAGAUGUCUGCUGAAUCAGUACUGUGUUAUAUGAACAAUAUAUUUAGAUAGAAUAAGAUAAGAGAAUAGAAUAAUUUAAGAUGAUUUUAUAAAUCCGGUUCGGAUUCAAAUGUAAAGAUAUACCUAUAGGUCAAUAAAUGCAAAAAAAAAGAACAACUCUUGUUCUUUUUCCUAAA